AUGGGGCCGCUUGGACACUCGCUGCACGCAUCACACGACGCUCAUGCCGCCAGCUCAUCUCCGGAUAGACUGGACGACCAGCACUCCGAGUCCAACUGGAGCCGGAAGCGGCUGGCGCGCGAGCAUCAAGAACGCUGCCCGCUGCUCAAGGUCGCCCACCAGAACAUCGAGACCGUCCUGGGCUGGCUGCAAGACAUUUACUACUCGGACCGCUAUACCGCUGGCGAAUACGAGUACCGACAUGUUAUAAUCACAAAGGCGCAUCUAGCCGCUGUUCCAAAGGAGUUUGUCGGCAAGAUGCUCGCCGAAGAGCAGUGGCGAGGUAUUGGUAUCCAGCAAUCGCCAGGAUGGGAGCAUUACAUGGUGCAUUUGCCCGAGCCAGUAAGUAGCCAUGCCCGCGCAAUCGCCGAUCUGCGGCUGGUGGCUCGCAACGACACAGUGGUUGAUGCCCCUGCGGUGUGGGCUUGA